GGAAUAAAAUACAUUAUGAAUCCUUUAUGAAUUGGGCCGAAACAGAUUUAAGCCCAAUGAUGAAUCCUAUUACGAACUAAAGAAGGAGUAGUCCAGUUCCCUCUAAGAUCAGGAGUAAAGGCUUUGAUGUAUAAAUAUACAAACAAAGGCCCGAAGCCGAAAGCAAAACUAAAAAAACCAAACAUUUCCAUGUCGCUCAAAUCCACUCUCAACCUAGCCAACAGAGCCAGCGAUGGCGAAGAAGAAGGGCGUCAUCGGCUUCGACGCUGCCGUGAACCACCGCAUCAUAAGGCCGAUAAGUACAGGAGGUCUAAGAAGAAGAAGAGAAGUGAGAAGCUGAAGUUGAACGAGGAGGAGGCUAAGAAGUCUCUGUACAUAUGUCACAUUGAACACCACCCUGGAAAGUGGGUCGCUUAUGUUGUCCGCGCCAUCAAGUUGUCCGAUUUGUUAUCCUCCUCCUCCUCCGAUGAUGAUUUGAAAUUACGGCAAGUGGGUUAUAAAGCCGGGGAUGAACUCCCCGGUUCUGUGGGUUGCGGUGUGUGGGGCUCCCGGAUUGUUUUCGCCGCCGGCAUGAAACCCUGCGGCCGUAUGCCUUCAUUCGAUCGUCCCGACAUAGUUUGGCAUAGAAAUGUUUAUGCCUUUGAAACUGACCCCAACAAGCAGCCUCGUGAUAAUAGUAGAAUUACCAAGAUGGAUGGCACAUUAGUUGAAGCCAAGUUUCGUCCACGGAUGGAGGAGCUGGGGGGCAAACUGUAUGCACUUUCAUAUAGGCUUGUGGCUGAUCCUCCCGCAUUUGAGGUAUUCGACCCGAAAUUGGGGAGUUGGGCGCCCCUGCCAGAGCCUCCAUUCUUCAAACGUCAUGGUCAGUAUAACCGCGGUGGCAACCUCUCUUAUGCAGUUACUGGCACCAAGAUGUUUGUGUCUCAGGAGAGAUGUCCUGUGUUCUGUUUCGAUGUGUCUGACCCAGACAGAGAAUGGAGAUUAGUCUCUUCUAUGUGCCAACGCGGCCCUUUUCCUUUUGGAAACAAAGCUUUGGUCCUGGACCUGCCGGCUGAUGACAAGAAGAAGAUAAUGUUUGCCUAUACUAUGGGUCGUUGGUAUCUACGAGUUUAUCUUAUGUCCUUGGAAGAAAAUCAAGAAUCUAUCACACCGAUUGGUGAUUUUAAGCUGCCAAGGUUGCCUCAGGAAUAUGAAUUUGCAAAAAGAUGUUAUUUUGUUCAUAUAGGAGGUCAGAAAGCCUGCAUUAUUGCCCCCGAAUUGGUUAUGCCUUAUAAACAAGGACCUGAUAUUAACGAGGCUGGGACUCAUAGGACACGGGGUGUUGCCAUGCCAUUUCAAUUUGAAGUUGAUAUCACCAAGGACGAGAAGAAUUGUUUGACCCUCCAAUUCAUGCCUACUCGUAUCUUCAAAUUCUGUACCAACCCAUCCACUUUUCCUGAUCCUGAAGCAUAUGGUUGCUUUGUGCUGUAAUUAGUUAGUUUGUUGCAUUGCUGAUGAUAAUUUUCGUAAUAUAUUGAUUGAGUAGGAGCCAUUUGCAUGUCCAAGAUUCAAAAGGCUUCAAUCUGUGCCAGCAGAAUAAUUCAGUUUGCAGGCAUUGUUUAAGUUUUGAUGAAACAUUUGGAACUUUUUGUUACAAAAGCUGUGAUCUCCAUGUUUAUCUACGAACUGAAGCGAGGAAGGUAUUUUUUUAUGAAUGACAGGGUAGUGGUGUUAAUUUUAGGAGUAUAUUUUGCAGUACAAAAGGAAUCGGAUACAAGCAGGAGAAUCCCCUAUUUACAACAGCAGCAGCAGUGAUUUCUGCUUACAGAUAUAUAACAGUGGACUUGUUUGAGGUGGAUCAGAAGUCUGAAGGCUUUUGUAUACAAUGUUGAUUGUAUUCAUGUUCCUAAUCAACUAACUGGAGCAGACUGACUUAAAGAAGAGGGACUAGCAGAAGCAGUCCAUAGUGAGGUUCACCAGGUUUCCUGAUGCCAUCUGGUGUGCAGUGCAGGUGCCCUUCUUACAUCAAAUGAUGUGUUUGGCACUUUAAUUUUGUUUGGCUUGCUGGCUAAGUGAUUUCUUUUCAUAGAAAAAACAAGUAGGUGGCAUAAACCCAAGUUUAAGUGUAAUUGUUGGGGAAAAAUAAUACAGACACGAAGAAGAUUAUGUUUC